GGCGCUAGUGUCUACUGACGGGCUGUUUACCUUAAAUCCAUCUUCAGGGCCAUGGGUGAAAACACUACCGCAAAAUUCAAAUACAGUGCAAGAGUGGAAUCAGUAGCUGAUGGUUCGAACAAGUUCACCUCACCGUGUGUUUGCGACAAUGAGUGAUUCAAUUGUUGUUUCACCAGUAGGAAGCAUAGAUGGUACAGACACUACAGAUCAUGCUUUCCUUGAUUAUCGUCCAUCGGCAAAACUGAUUACACAAGCAGCUAGGUGCAUGUCGGUGUCAGUUCUCAAUGACAAACGAUUGGAGCACUCUGAUGAAGAAGUUAUACAGUUGAGGAACAAAUUCCUGAUUCUUACUAAAAAUAGAGCAAUUUUUAAGCAGCUAGAACGAAAUCAAAAAUGGACACUUGCAAUCAUAUGUAUUGUCUACUUUGUUUGUUUCUGUACAAUUUCUAUGCUUUCUACGUUCUUUUAUGAGAUAGCCAUUUUGCAUAAUAUCUCAACCAGCACCUAUGGUCUUAUUUUCAGUAUUCAUCCUGCUGUGGUAUUUUGUACAUCUCCAAUUUUUGGUCAUAUUACACCAUCUAUAGGACCAAAAUUUAUGUUUACGACAGGUGUAUUCCUCUGUGGAAGCUGUAAUCUCUUAUUUGGAACCCUUGAACAUGUUCAGGAUGACACACAAUUUACAAUCCUGUGCUUUGUUGUAAGAGGAUUGGGAGCUGUUGGGGCUUCAGCUUUCUCUACAGCUGGGGCCACCUAUGUUGCAAAUUUAUUUCCAGAUAAAAUUAGUGUAAUUAUGGGAAUUUUGGAAACUUUCAUUGGCCUAGGGUUUUCCAUUGGGCCUCUACUGGGUGGAUCCUUAUUCACAUUGGGAGGAUUACAACUUCCUUUCUAUAUCAUGGGUUCAGUAAUGCUACUGAUCUUACCAUUCAGCAUUUUCUGUCUUCCCGAAACAAAUCACGUUUAUUCCAAAGGAAAUCUUGGAACUAAAGUCUUGGCCAUCAUAUUCAAAAUACCAGCUGUUUUCAUCAUUUGCGUAGUGGUGGCUGUAUCUUCAAGUGCCUGGAGUGUUUUAGAACCGACCUUGGUCAUUCACAUGGAACAGUUUAAAUUGGGCCCGAUGCAGCUGGGUCUUCUGUUCCUGAUUACUUCAGUCAGUUCUGCCAUUUCAAGUCCUUUUUGGGGCUGGUUAGUAAGCAAGUACAACCACGGAACUUUGAUGAUGAUUAUCGGGUUGUCUGUCACAGCAGUUGGCUUACUCCUACUUGGUCCUUCUCCAAUUUUACCACACAUGCCAAAUGUGUUAUGGCUCAACAUUGUAUCCCUUGUUCUGAUUGGAACAUUUGUGGCAUUGGCUUAUGUACCCACAUAUCAAGCUUUACUUGAACACGCAGUGCAAGUAGGUUGUGAAACGGAAAUGAGUACAUACAGCAUCAUUGCCGGUCUGUGGGCGUCAAUGUACUCAUUAGGGGAGGUUUUAGGCCCAUGUAUUGGCAGUAUUCUAGUCGAUGUGUAUAGCUUUCCUCUGGCGAUAACAGCUAUCGGAUUACUGAAUUUUGCAGUCGCUCUCAUAUUGCUGUUUUACGUGGCAUUUUCCGCCUCUCGUACGAAAAAUAAUCCUCCUCUUUCCAAGUCACCACUUUUGAUAUCGGAAGACGAUGCAUCCAGCAAUUCCAACAUAACGCAAGUUGGAAAGACCGCUUCAAUUACGAUUGGUAUCAAUGGCGAACGUGAACGACUUAUUCAAGACGCAGAGUCGACUCAAGCAUACGGAACAACUUGCUAAUAUUUUUCAGAUAAUUUCGUGUUACAGUUUAGACUCAUUUUGCCUUAAUAUGCUAACGACAAAAUUUAUGAGAGCCAAAUAAUGUUCAAUAAGUCUGUAAAAAUGUUAAAUGGAUGUUAAAUUUCUGGUCCGAAUUUCUACUGAAGAUAGUUUUAAUCUUUGUCAGCCUUAGGUAUAUUUUUGUGUAUGGUGUAUGUCAAUUGUGCAUUUGUUAACUCCUCGCCUUCUUGCUGGAUAACAUGUAGUCGAUUAAAAAGCAUAUAAUUGUGUUUCUUUAAUUUUUUUAUCAAGGACACAUCGAGGAACACCCGCAAUCUGUUGGUUUAGAAGAAUUAGAAAUUUAAAAGAAGAAAUCGUUGGUGGUUAAGCAUACAAAGCAGGAAAGAGUAUUCUGCCUUGUCCAUUUGAUCGGGUUUUAAUUCCGCCGUAUAGUUUUCAUAAUCCUUUCACAAUUUGGCACGUGUUUCUAUAACACUUAUUUAGCUCAGAAUGCAAAGGGUGCAAUAUCCUACGCUGUAAAAUACUGAAUUUAAAAUUUUAUUCUUUAAAAUUGCUAAACGUAUUCAUGCCCACAAAAUUCUUAACUUAUUUGCUGCUGUCCGUUUUCAGAAUCAAGUUUUACUACGCUGCCUCAAUAUAAAAACUAGUUGACGAUGAACACGCAAGUUUUUCCAGCAAAAAAAAACUUCUCCUUUACUAUUUCAAUCUUUUUUAGAUGCUAGAACGUGCGUGAAACUUUCACUUCACUCCAAAAUAUCCGAAACAAAAAAUAGCCUCGGCACUGUACUCAAAGACCUUCCCCCCUCAGGGUUUGACUCUAUAGCACCAUUCCUUAGUAUAUAUAAGACGGCAAAGUCCUUGAUCAUCGCAGUCGCUACUCACAAGCUUUGGACACCGGCAGGCUGGCCCACACAAUCUCUGGACUAUAUAUUCAGGUGAACUUUAAUUUAUUAUGUUGCUAGUUUCUAUUGGUAUGUAACGUAAACGACGUUCAUUAGAGAGACUGAAAAAUAUCGAGAUUUCUUCAUAUUUGUGAGAUUAAGCCUUAUGUUACAUUAUAACCGUGCUGGUCAUUCUAUGUCUACGUGUUUUCUACUCCCUCGUUCCCAAAUAGGUCAUCGUCAUCGUUUGACUGAUAAGGACUUGGAUAACGAGUUUCAUUUUUUUGGAAAAGAUUUGUCGGUUGCUACUUUUCUGUGGUUUUGACUGGUGAUUCAAUCCAUUUUUCUUGCGUGUCGAUAUUCUAGUGGUUAAUUUGACUACAGUUUACAUUACUAUAAUUGCUCACAAAUUUAAUUUUUAAAUGCGCUAACAUUGAUUGAUAGUAAUUAUCAAAUUUAGAUUUUCUCGUUAAUGAGACUAGAAUAGAUUACUUCACGAAUUUGGGUGAGUAAAAUCAUUAUGUGCUGUAUGAUUACAUGGAGAGAAAGCUGAAACUUCUUGUUUCCAAGGGCAACCUAAAAUAACUGAUGAAUUCAUUCUGAAAUUGGAAUACAUUCCAACAGGUAUGGGAUAAGUGUAUUGACAUGUAAUUAUUUUCUCCGAUUUCAAUUUAGAUCCUCACAAUUCCCGCGCUGUUGGUGAUUCUGAAAUGAAUCGGUGACUGGCGACUGCACUACGUUUUUAUUAAUUACAGUACUGCAGUCGCCAGUCACUGAAUCCUGUUUAUGACAUUCAGCUUCUUCACUUAAUUAUACCUCCUAAUUUUUUUGUUGUCUACCGAAAUAAAAGUAAAAGGACAAUAAACGAGAGAUGUAAAAUGC